AGACUACAGAGGAGGUUAAUCACUUGUGAAACGCAUAAACAGGAAAGGAGACCGGCAAAAGACUGGGUGAAACGCAAAUCCCGGAAGCCGCGCCGGUGGAACGCAAAGACAGGUCGGGCAGCCCAAGUCACGCUGGUGGAACGCGCUACGCGGAAAUAUCGCUGGUGGAACGCACUAAACGGAAGUGAUACCGAUGGAACCCACAGACAGGAAGCGGUGAUCUGUUAUUUUCAUUCCUAAUAAGCGUUCCUGAGUAAUACUGGCCGGUAUCCUGAGCACAUAAUCUGACUGACUCACAGAGGAUGGAGAGGGACAAGAAUUGCAGGACUGAGAGGAUAUUAAAUCUCACCCUGGAGAUCAUCUACCUGCUGACUGGGGAGGAUUAUAUUUCUUGGAAAAAAUCUGGUCAGACAAUAACACCCAGCAGCCAUCCCCGAGGACUGAGCAGGACCCAGAGCCCCAUCACGGUGCCUCCACCUCACUCACUGACACAUGAGAGAGACAAUGACCAGAAGAUCCUGGAACUCACCAACAAGAUCAUUCAGCUGCUGACUGGAGAGGAGGAGCUGGACUAUGUAGAAGGACACAAGGGCCUGUAUACAGAUAUAGCAAUGAAGAAUGACCAGACCUACGUAUCACUGGAUUUAUCAGAGACCUUCAACGAACCUGUACAGUACAAUGCUCCCAUUUCCCAUAUUAAGGAGGAACCAGUCUCAUGUGAUGGAGGAGACCACCCAAACACUGACAUGUAUACACCCACAGGUCAUACACAGUAUACAUCUACUCAUCUUAAGGAGGAACCAGUCUCAUGUGAUGGAGGAGACCUCGCACACACUGACAUGUCUACACCUACAGAUCAUACACAGUCUACAUCUACUCAUAUUAAGGAGGAUUCAGUCUCAUGUGAUGGAGGAGACCUCACACACACUGACAAUUAUACUCCCACAGAUCAUACACAAUAUACAUCUACUCAUAUUAAGGAGGAAUGUGCCUCAUAUGAGGAAGAAAAACUUGCAGUUCGUCCAAAAUGCAGAGAGAAUCUCAAUACAAGCCCAACGUGUGUCAAUCAGCAGGCAGUUGACACAGGAGUGACACCAUUUUGUUCUUCGGGAAGUGGUGGUGAAUGUGGACAACUUGAGGAUCAUCAAUGCAAUACACACGAGAGGCCAUUUUCAUGCUCUGAAUGUGGUAAAUGUUUCACACAGGAAAUGCAACUUGUGCGACAUCUGACCGUUCACACAGGAGGGAAACAGUAUUCGUGUCCUGAAUGUGGAAAAUAUUUUAGACAAAAUACAGAUCUGAAACGACAUUUACGAACCCACACGGGUGAGAAGCCAUUUUUUUGCACAGAAUGUGGUAAAUGUUUUAACAACAAAUCGUAUCUUUCCUUUCAUUUGAAAAGCCACUCGGGAGAGAAGCCAUUUUGUUGCACAGAAUGUGGUAAAUGUUUUAGCAACAAAGCGUACCUUACCAUUCAUCUGAAAAGCCACACGGGAGAGAGGCCAUAUUCCUGUCCCGAAUGUGGAAAACGUUUUACUCAAAAAUGCCGUCUUAAUGAGCAUUUGAACAGACACACGGGGGAGCGACCAUUUCCAUGUUCUGUGUGUGGUAAAGGUUUUACGCGGAAAUUUCACCUUGUCCAACACCAGACAAUUCACACAGGAGAGAAGCCGUAUCAUUGCUCUGAGUGUGGGAGACGUUUCAGACAGAGCUAUGCUCUGAAGCAGCACUUAACGUCUCACAUGGAUGAAAAGCCAUUUCCGUGUUCUUUGUGUGGGAAAUGUUUUCCCCGUAAGUCAGAGCUCUGUAAACAUGCUAAAGAACACGCUGGAAAGAAGCCAUAUUCUUGCUCUGAAUGUGGGAAAUGUUUUCCACAGCUGUCGUUGCUCACCCGACAUCAGACUGUUCACACAGGGGCGAGGCGUUAUUCCUGCUCAGAAUGUGGUAAGUGCUUUCAAAGGAAAGAUGUACUGAUUCGUCACUCACGAUGUCACACGGGAUAGAAGUCACUUCAUUGGACUGAGUGUGAGAAAUGUUUUCCGCUGAAUCUAAUCUUUGGAAAAACUGCAGAAUACACAUGGGAGAAAAACCAGUUGACUGUGCAGAAAGUUCUAGAUAUAAUGAAAAAUUCAUGAAUUAAAAAUAAAAACAGUAAAAAUA